AUGAACACGGCAAAGAAACGCAAGUAUAUUGACGAUUAUAUUCAAUAUGGGUUUGUUUCCUUGCUUAGAGAUAAUGUUGAUCACCCUCAGUGCAUUAUUUGCUAUGAAGUAUUAAGCAAUGACGCGAUGAGGCCUAAUCGUCUUCUGAGACAUUUGUCAACCAAACAUGCCUCUUUAAAGGACAAACCUAAAGAGUUUUUCGCUGCAAAAUCUCAGAGUUUAAAGUGCACGAAGUUAGAUAGCACUGGAUCUGCUGCUCAGUCAUCUCUAAAAGUGCUUGAAGCUUCUUAUGAAUUAUCUCUUCUUAUUGCUAAGGAAAAGAAAAGUCACACUAUUGGUGAAACGCUUGCUAAACCGUGCCUAUUAAAAGCAGCCGAUGUUGCCCUUGGAACUGAUAGUAGAAAAAAGCUAUCACAAAUACCACUUUCAGACAACACCGUAAAACGCCGAAUUGAUGAUUUGGCCAAGGACAUUGGAAACCAGGUCAAACUUUUUUGA